AUGGAAGCCGAAGCGGAGGGGAGUGCGGGACCGGCGCCCAAUUUGGCCCAAAUGGCCGCUUCUAAAUUGUCCCAGGUCGGAGAGCGAACCAAACAGCUGGGCAGCGCCAUGCGAGAGCCGGCUCGGGAGAACCGGAUCAUUCUGGUCAUCGUGUGCGUGGUGUUGCUUCUGGACAACAUGCUUUACAUGGUCAUCGUGCCCAUCAUCCCGGACUACCUGGAGGGGUUGCAGAAGGCCAGCGACGCCGGUGGCAACGGCAGCUCAAGUGAAGGUAACUUUGACGUGCAGAUCGGCGUGCUGUUCGCUUCCAAGGCCAUCGUGCAGUUGCUGGUCAACCCCUUGAGCGGCACCUUCAUCGACCGGGUGGGCUACGACAUCCCGCUGGUGAUCGGGCUGAGCGUCAUGUUCCUGUCCACGGUGACCUUCGCCCUAGCCGAUAAUUACGUCUCGCUGUUUGUGGCGCGCGGCAUGCAGGGCGUGGGCUCGGCCUUCGCCGACACUUCGGGCAUCGCGCUGAUCGCCGACCGCUACUCCGAAGAGGCGGAGCGCAGCAAGGCGUUGGGUAUCGCGCUGGCCUUCAUCUCCUUCGGCAGCCUGGUGGCGCCCCCCUUCGGCGGCGUGCUCUACCAGUUCGCCGGCAAGCGGGUGCCCUUCCUCAUCCUGGCCGGCGUCUGCCUGGCCGACGGGGCGGCGUGCCUGCUGGUCCUCAAGCCCUUCUCCCGGCGGGAGCGCGCCAACAUGCCGGUGGGCACCCCCAUCCACCGGCUGAUGAUGGACCCCUACAUCGCCGUGGUGGCCGGGGCGCUGACCAUCUGCAACAUCCCGCUGGCCUUCCUGGAGCCCACCAUCGCCAAGUGGAUGGAGGACACCAUGCACUCCAGCCAGUGGGAGAUGGGCAUGACCUGGUUCCCCGCUUUCUUCCCGCACGUGCUCGGGGUGUUCCUGACGGUCAAGCUAGCCGCCAAGUACCCCCACUUGCAGUGGUUCUACGGCGCCGUGGGCAUGGUCUUCAUCGGGGCCAGCUCCUGCACCGUGCCGGCCUGCAAGAACUUCGGACAGCUAAUGAUCCCGCUGUGCGGCAUCUGCUUCGGAAUCGCCUUCGUGGACACGGCGCUGCUGCCCACGCUGGGCUUCCUGGUGGACGUGCGCCACGUCUCCGUCUACGGCAGCGUCUACGCCAUCGCCGACAUCUCCUACUGCGUGGCUUACGCCACCGGCCCGGUGGUGGCCGGCAAGAUCGUGCACGAUCUGGGUUUCGCGCAGCUCAACCUGGGUAUGGGCCUGGCCAACAUGCUCUACGCGCCCGCUCUGCUGCUGCUCAAGAACGUGUCUAGGAUGAAGCCCUCACGCUCCGAGAGGAACGUGCUGCUGGAGGACGGCCCCGGCGGACUCUACGACGCCAUCAAGAUGGAGCAGAAGGAGAAGAAGAGGAAAGAGCUGUGCACCACCCUGGACGGCGACGGAGUCCAGACCUUCGCGCGACGCUCCUUCGACGAGGACGCCGACGAGGAGGAGUCCUCCGGCGGCGAGUACGCCUGA